CUGUCGAUUAAAAUCACGGAAAUUUAGUGAAUUUCAUAGAAAUCUCACUAAAAGUGAAAACCAUAACCAUUGGGUGAAUCGUUUUUCUCUGAAGUAGGACUCGUUGGAUUGUACUCCAUCCGUUUCUAAAUAUAAGUCUUUUUAGAGGUUUCAAUAAAGACUACAUAUAUAGACAUAUUUUAGAGUGUAGAAUCACUCAUUUUGCUGCGUAUGUAAUCUACAUUGAAAUUUCUAAAAAGACUUAUAUUCCCUCCGUCCGGAAAAAGUUGUCCCUCAAAUAGAUGUAUCUAGCACGCAUUUAAGGGACAAAUUUGGGACAAGUUUUCGAAUGAAGGGAGUAGCAUACUUUUUUUUUACGGGAUUGGAGCACAUUAACCUUUUUAACAACUCAGAAGAUUAUGUCGGAUUCCCUCAAAAAACAAAAUAUCCCGGAUUGUUGCAACCUGAUACGGAAAACGCAACAGCCUUUUCCGGCGGAAGCGUAGGCAUAACUGAAACUUCCAAAGUGCAUGCUCAGUCGAGAUCCCUAAUUCACCAUGUCCCCUCGCCGGCGCCUCCCGCCAGGGCCUUUACGGUCUCCGGCCACGGCGAUCCACGAUGACGUAUGCACGACGCCCCCUUCUCCUCCGGCAAAUGCUUCGUCAGCUGAGACAAAGGGCGCAUCCUGCCAACAACAAGGCAAUAUGUCCCGAGAUGCCCAGCAAAAUAUGGAACAAGAACUUGUCUGCCACAGGACAUCCUACACCAUAUACACUCCCUUUUGCUGGUGCGAGACGCUGCUCGUGUUGCUUGCGUGUCCCGUGGGUUUCUACGUUCCUGGAGAUGCUAUUCGAAACUUAUACUCAACGAUGACACACUCGAGUUGAGUGACAAGAAAUUUGAGAACAGAGAACCAUUUAUCAUCGACAAAGUUGGCCAGAUUCUUGAAAACCAUCACAGUAAUGGGGUUAAGGUGGAGACACUUAAACUGGACCUUGGCUCUUGCGGAAACAUCAAAGCCUCCUGCGUGGACAGGUGGCUCCAAAUCAUCCUUAAGUCUGGGAUCAAAGAACUUGACUUGUGUAUGCCUAUGUUCAUGAAGGAAAAGUACAGCUUCCCGUGUUCGGUUUUCUCAGACGAGGCAGCUGCAACUUCAAUCCAGACUCUUCGCCUCUUCGAUUGUCAUCUUCAUCCCACGUCGACACUUGGCCACUUGCGAAGAUUGACAUGUUUACAAUUAUCUUCUGUCCGCAUUACCGAUGAAGAAUUAGGGCUCUUGCUCUCGAGAACUUCCGCCCUGGAGCGGCUGGACCUCUUCUCUUGCAGUGGGAUAAUUCGCUUGCGAAUACCUUGUACGCUUCAACAACUCAAUUCCUUGUGUAUUAUCGAAUGCCUGACGAUGCUCCAGGUGGUAGAGAUCGAUGCUCCAAAUCUCUGCUCCUUCCGUUGUGGUAGUAUCCAUUUUGAUCGUACCUAGAUAGAAAUCUCCUCCAGGAAUUCUUCUCAGCUUAAGAAUGUAAAUUUGGAUUGCAUUCUUCUUCUCUGCCAUGCUCGUGCCAGGCUUCCAUCCAUCGCAGGAAAUGUUGAGAGGCUUACCAUGCGCUCUGAUGAUGAGAAUGCCAAUAUUCCAAUGUUGCCAUCCAAGCUCCCCUGCCUCAGGCACUUGGAAAUCAUACUUGUAUCAAGAACGGUCAUAUUCCCAAGCGACUACAUCUUAUCUCUAGUUUCUUUUCUUGAUGCUUCUCCUACCUUGGAUACUUUUAUCCUUCGUGUUCAACAUUUCAGAUUGUACUAUAUUUUUGUUGAAAACCACAGUGGUGAUGACAAUGAGGACGACAAUGACGAUGAUGACGACGACGGUGGUGAUGAUGACGGUGACAUCGACGAUGAUGGUGGUGGUGCUGCUGCUGGAGAUGAUGAUGACGAUGACAACGACGAUGACGAUGACGACGACGAUGGUGAUAGCGAUAGUGAUGGUGAUGGUGAUGAUGAUAAUGAUGACCAUGACGACAAAUAUCCGAGGACGAAGAUGGAGUGUCAGCAUGACCACCUCAAGCGGGUGACAAUCACGGGCUUUCGACACUCCCUGAUCGAGCUCACCAUCCACAUCCUCAAGAGCGCACCAUCACUCGAGCGCUUGACGUUGGACACGACAAACGGCUAUGAUAGGAGGUUGGAUGGCAUUGGCAAGUGCCCUGCCUCGACGGAGAUUGGCAAAUGCUUGUACAUGAGCAAUACGGCUAUCACAGAAGCUCGUAUAGCUGCGGGGUUCAGCCGCAGAUACAUUGCACCGAGGGUUCCCUCGCAUGUUGAAUUUGCGGUUCUCGAGCCCUGCAGCCGAUGCCAUACCGGCAACCGCCGACGUUAGAUUGUUGCCGGUGUGAUUCUUCAUCAUUUUCUAUAUCUAACACAGGUCCGUCGUACUGUAUCACAUGUUUUGUCUACCGAAUAGCACGUCUACUGUUUAAAGUCUGU